AUGGAGAAGGAGGCCUUUGCAAGGCUUCUGGACGACUCCUGGCCUUCGUUUCGUGACCACCUGUUGCAAAGCUAUCCUGACCACAGCGCAGCAGCUCAACCCGACGAGGACGGCGAUUCUGACGACCUCGGGGUGGAUAUCUCGCAUCUCGGAAGUGCCAACAAUGCAGCUCGCACGGAGGUCUCGAGGAGGCGAUCCCAGAAUUCGAACGCUUCACAGUCCAGCAAGACCGGCUAUGACUUCGGGACGGAAUCACGGACGUCCGCGCAAUCAGCAGAUUCAGGGAAGUCCGGGCACAGUGCCAGCAGCGACAUUAUGCCGGCGAUUCCGGUCGCCGGGUCUGGGGCACCAUAUUUGAGGUCUCGACUGCAUGGCUUGAACCCGGACGAAGCACGGGCCAUUAGACGACGCCUGCGUGUUCGGCUCGGAGCCCUCACACAAACGAAGCUGGUCUCUGGCAAGUCACUCCACGAUGCGGUGGCCGCGUUGGGCCUUACCAGAUACAAGCUCCAAGAGAUCAACGAGCUAGUGAACUGCCUGGGCGAUUUCAUCGGCCUGACGUUCUUGCGAAACAGCCAGGCGCCGAGGCCAAGCCAGAUUUCAGCAACGCACAUGUUCGGCUUUAACAACGAUGAUGAUGUGCACAACCUGGGCACGCCGGAAUGGGAGUGGCCGCCACUACGGGAGUCUUACUCCACCACUUCGAUUCACAAGAGUGCCUCCCUGACGUCGUUGGCCUGGCAUAACAUUGAGCCCGUGCAGCUGAAGCGGUACAACGUGGUGCCUGCCCAGGCCCUCAUGGAGCUUUGCCUGGCUGAAGAACAUGACGUUCAGUACAAGAUCUUUGGAUCUCGACUGAAGACCUUCCAGGCGAUUCGAGAGAUCUUGCUUGCUGGGGACACGAAUCGCCUUGUGGCAGAAUUGACGUUCGUGCGCAUCAACGACUUGGCUGUGCCACCUGAGCCUUUGCAUCCGCUUCUGCUGAUCGAGCCCUUGGUCGCCCUGCUGAUUGUGGCGAACGGUGUCAUGAUUGGCUUCCAGACGGACCCCGCCUAUGAGGACUGGGGAGGCUGGGUGUACUUGGAGGCGGCCUUCGCUGGGAGUUUGGUGCUGGAGAUUUCUCUGCGGAUGCACCUCCUGAAGUGCCGCAAUUUUUGGCGGGGCCCGGAGCAGUAUUGGAAUCUCUUCGACCUCUUCCUUGCAGGGACUGGAAUUACGGACGUGAUCUACCAGCUGAGCAGCGACCAGAAAUCAGAUAUCUUUGGCACGUCGCUUCUGCGCUUUUGUCGGUUGAUCCGACUCGUGCGCAUUGUCAAGGUUUUCCGCUUGAAGCUCAUGAAGGACCUCCGCCUCAUGUUGAAGGGCUUGACGGCAGGGAUAAAGACCUUGAUACUGGCCUUCACAUUGCUGUUCUCUGUGAUAUAUGUGAUCUCCGGCUUUGCCACGAUGAUAAUGGGGUCCCCAGAGGCCAUCGACAAACUCCGCGGAGUGGAGAUGGAAGAAUAUUUUCGGUCAUUGCCAGAAUCCAUGUUUACAUGCUUUCGCUGCUUCACAGGCGAGUGCGUUGACGAGUACGGCAAACCGUUGACCCAUAUUCUGGCACGAGAAUUUGGCUACGGAUUUAUCUUCAGCUACGUGUUCAGCUACAUGCUUGUGGCGAUGGGCAUCUUCAACGUGAUUUUGGCUGUUUAUGUUGACAUCACGAUGAAGGCGGCCAAAGAGAAUGAAGCAGUUACUGCCGAACAGCAUGCGCGAGAGUCGAUACGGAUUGCUCGAACAACCCGCGAACUGCUGAAGAAGUUUGCGGCUGCGUACCACCUCUUCCAGGACCUCGAGGAGAGUGAUAUGCAGAGCGCCAUCUUUGACAUCAGCCCCAAUGCGGCGCUGUUUACAGAUGAUGAGAUCCAUGAAAACAUCGCGAUUACCAAGGAGCUCUUUCUCCUGGUCAUUCAGGACAGACAAGUUCAAACGCUGAUGGAUGAACUGGACCUGCCUCCAGAUCGAGCCAAUUUGUUCGAGGUCAUCGAUGCCGACGGCAGCGGUACGCUGCACAUCGCAGAGCUGGUCCAGGGUCUAUUGAAGAUUCGAGGCGAGGUGACGAAGAGCGACACAAUCGCUGCCCUUCUGGCUACCAAGGCGGUGCAGGCGAUGCUUAGUGACAUGCAAAAAGUGCUGGAAGCCAACAGCGAAAACCUUCGGUCGGAAAUGGGCAACCAUUUCCAGAACUUCAAGAACAACCAGCGCACCUUGGAUUUCCUGCCGAAGACAGGGAAGAUGGCGGCGUCCUUCCCAACCAGCUUUAAGGAGCCGGGAAGGAAGGAGCUGACACAUCUUGGUCAGCUGCAAGCGCCGCGCAAGCCAGACAUGAUUUCGGAGGCCCUGGAUACCGAUCCUCCAAGCUCCAGAGCCUGA